UGGCGCUAAAAUUACCAAAAGUCGGCCACAAUUGAAUAAUUUUUUAAAUUGUAAAGUAGUGUACAGAAUUGGUUAUUUUGUGGUAGAUAUGGAAGAAUUAAGUGGAUCCGUUAUUUUACUUCUAGCUUUCCUAGUGGGAAGUUUUCUCGGCUGGUUUCUCAGAGGACAAAGGGAAACAAUCAAAGAACCGCCAGGAAUAUUGAAUCUAGAGGCAGUUGGUGAAUACAAAAUGGUUUUAGUGGUAAGACAGGAUCUUGGAAUGGGUAAAGGGAAAGUUGCAGCUCAAUGUUGUCAUGCAGCAGUUGGCCUUUGUAGACAAAUGGAAACAAACAACCCAAAGCUGUUGCAUGAAUGGGACCAAACAGGAUGUGCCAAAGUUGUUGUUAAGGCCCCAGAUGAGGAAACAUUAGUUGAGCUCACACGACAAGGAAGAUCUUUAGGUCUGGAGACAUGUCUUAUUAGAGAUGCAGGCAGGACACAGAUAGCUCCUGGUUCUAAGACUGUUCUUGGUGUAGGACCUGGCCCAGUAGAUAUAGUAGACAGAGUGACUGGCCAUUUGAAGCUAUAUUGAUAAAAGUAAAUGACCUGAAACCAUAUUUUUUUAGCUGUAGCAAAACUAAUCUCACUUGGUAUAGUAUUGUUGUCGCUUAUUUCUGUAUAUUUAAUGUUUUGCGGUAAUAAACUUCAAACCAGC